GCAGCGCGGGGGCGUCGGGGCGGGGCCGAGCCUCUCCAGCCCUCGGGGCGGUUGCCAUAGCGCCAGAGCCGCCGCCGAGCCCUUCUCGCCUGCGGCGCUGGGGGCCGGGGAGCCGCUCGGGACUCCGCCUGUAGCAGCGCCGCCGCCCUGCUCGGGAGCCCGUCCGCCAGGAGGCCGAGCUGUGCGCUGCCCUUCGCCGCUUGCGGCCCCCCAAGGUGGGCGAUGAGGGCCCCCCUCCUGCCCGUCAGCAGAGACCGGAGGAUCUCGGACUUCCCCAAGUGCUACACCCCCGAGGCCUGUCUGCAGCUCAGGGAGGAUUUCCACGGCCAGGUGAGGGCGGCCUGUCAGCGGAGGAACCCUGGGACCGUUGGCCUAAAGAUCUCCAAGGUGGUUGUGGUGGGAGACCUCUGUGUUGGGAAAACAAGCCUCAUCAACAGGUUUUGUAAAGAGGUUUUUGACCGGGAUUACAAGGCAACCAUUGGCGUGGAUUUUGAAAUUGAGCGUUUUGAGAUUGCUGGGGUGCCCUACAACCUUCAGAUAUGGGACACGGCCGGCCAGGAGAAGUUCAAGUGCAUCGCGUCUGCCUACUACAGAGGAGCGGAAGUGAUUAUCACAGUUUUCGACUUAGCUGACAUCCAGACUUUGGAUCACACCAAACGGUGGCUGGAGGAUGCCCUGCGGGAGAAUCACCCCAGUUCCAGCUUUGUAUUUCUGGUGGGAACCAAGAAGGAUCUGCUGUCCAAUGCCGAGAGUGAGCGGACAGAGCGGGACGCCGUCCGUCUGGCUAACGAGAUGCAGGCAGAGUAUUGGUCCGUCUCGGCCAAAACAGGGGAAAAUGUCAAGGACUUUUUUUUCCGGGUCGCUGCCUUGGCCUUUGAGAGGUCUGUGCUCAUGGAGCUGGAGAAGAGCUGCAACCGGCUGCUGCCAAUCGGCACAGGGGACUUCAUCAGGGUAGAGGAAAAUGUGGUGCCUUCACACGGAUCUCGUCCAUCCAACCUGAACUGCUGCUAAUGGCUCCCAGGGGGACAAACUGCAGGCUGCCCCCAUCCCUCUUGGACAAGCAGGAAAUCUCUGGAUCCCGGGGAACCACACGGAGUGCGGCAGAACCAGUCCCCACCUCCACUGCUCCCAAAGCCCCUCUGAGCCAUGGAGGAAAGGACCCGGCUUUCUCUAGAAAGGUUUCUUCUCUCUGGAAACUCUUUGUGGUCCAAACACCAAGCAUUUGCCUCCUUGUUACCUGGAGAUGGUACGAACGGACCAGGUCUGCUGACUGGGCUAAUUCAGGACAACAGCCCCAAACCAGCUGACUCUUCUUGGCAGCCGCAAAUUCUGCUUGAAGUGGACAUCUAGUUAAACCUUAACCAUGAAAUAGCUGUUAAAACCGGCAGGAGGAGUUUGUACUUAAGAGGGGAUAUCUGGAGUGAGAAAAGUUGGUUAACCCCCGUCUGUCUCCGAUUUAGGGCCCCUCUAGUGGACUCUGGGCCCCAGAGCAUCUUGAGCGGAAUUAAUCACUUGAAUUACUUGUUAACUUUGCUUAGAAUGACUGCCAGAGCAAAAAAAUAAAAAUAAUAAUAACCCCUGUCAAAACAGACCUUUGUCUUCAUGUCCAUCAUAGAAUUAAAUUAAAAUUUCUGUUGCUAAAUGAGACAGUUAAGUCACUUUUGUCCCUUGCCAGUUGUUACGUGACCUCUGCAGUUGCUAAGUGGGUAACACCGUUAAGUGAAUCCGGCUUCCCCAUUGGCUCUUGCUUGUCAGGAGCUUGCAAAAGGAGAUCACGUGACCCUGAGACACUGACCGUCAUAAAUAUGAGCGAGUGGCCAAGUGUUGGAAUUUUGUUUACAUGACCGUGGGGAUGCCGGGACGGUCAUAAGUGUGAAAGUUGCUAUUUGCAACUUCAAACUGUCACUAAAUGAAGGGUUGUAAGUCGAGGACCUGUAUUGAGGAUGCCCAAAAAACAAAUGGUGCAAGCAGGCCUUUCUUUAGCCUUUCUAAAUGUACGCAGGUAACAGAGUGCUGUCUCUGAAUCCUGUCUAAUAACAUGUCAACAGCCCAAAUGAUUU